CUGUUGCCGACAACCACCCCGCCUGAUACUGUGCUCGCCUCUCUCCCGGCUUCAGUCGGUCGGAUACACAGGCAACCGUGACAGUGGGGACUGCAUACUCCCAGACUGAAGGGUCUUACAUCCAUGUACACCUUUAACAUCCAAUAAAGUAAUAACGUCAACAUUGACGUUACGAGUCCGAAACACUGAUGACGGGCUACAACAGCCGCGGUGCUAAUGUACCUCUCUGUGGGAUUGAUGGGAGUCGGGGUCCGUUACACGUCAAUAUUGAAGUGACUACCGGCGUAUCCUGUGGAAUACCAUCUAAGGAUACCAAAAACAAUCAACAGGAGCAGGUUUUGUCGUAUUCUGACAUCAGUGAAUUAUUGUCUGUAGGCGUUUUGGUCCGACGUUUCUUUGAGUGUUUGAGGCCGUUUAGUGCGGAGGUUGAGCUACCAUAGGGACGUAAAAUGAGCGGAUCUCUUUGCUGAAGAAAAUUGCCAGGCUGAUUUACCAACACAUGUCUAGCAUGUACGUCGCUGAAGAGACUGGUUGUUCACCACACCAAUGAACGCUACAACGGAUGCUGGGACGUUGGGAGUCAUGGCGAAAAGUCAACUUCCGUUUGGAUUUAGUGAGUGGAAGAAGGGAGAUAACUGUUGUGAUUAUUCAAGCACAAACCUGACGAGAAACUCCUCGAGGAGCCGGGACGAGUUGGAACUACCCCCGUACGUCUACGUCUACGUUACUACGAUAAACGUACUCAUCUUUGUAGUGGGAAUUCUGGGAAAUGUGAUGGUGAUACAAGUCGUUGCCCGGAUGAAGGCCAUGCGCACGCAGAUGAAUUUCUUUCUAAUGAGCCUCAGCGUGGCAGACUUGUUAGUUCUUGUGAUAUGCCAACCGUCUGCUUUGUUGGAGUUCUAUGGCAAAGACCGCUGGCUAAUCGGAGAGGCAAUGUGCCGCCUGGUCCCGUUCCUGGAAAACGCCUCAAUCCACUCGUCUGUUCUCACGUUACUGACAAUUGGCUUUGAACGAUACUACACCAUCUGCCAUCCUUUGAAAGACCAGAACACGUGCCUUCUGACCAGCACUGGCGUCUUCGUAACCUGCAUCUGGGUGCUCGCUUACAUCUUAGCUCUACCAUUCGUCUUUCUCACAGUUCUGGAGGAUGCCAAAUUCCAAGAUGGCUCCCAUGUGAAAGUGUGUCGAACCAAAAUGUCUGACACUCUGCCCAGGCUUUAUAUCGUGUUUAUAUUCUGUAUAUUCUUUAUCAUGCCUAUGUGUAUGUUAACUUAUAUGUAUGCUUCUAUCAUUCAAAAGAUGUUCACACUUAAUUCAGAAACAUCACCAAGAGAUUACGCUCAUACCAGGACCAUCAAGUCCCGGAAGCAGGUUGUGCGCAUGAUGGUUGCCAUAGUGAUCCUGUUCUUUGUGUCACUUCUUCCGGUUCGAAUAUUCGGACUUUGGAUCGUGUUUACGCCCCCAGAAAGUGUCGAGGAACUGGGACUUGAGUUUUACCAAAACAUGCUAUCAACAACAACAAUCAUGGGUUACAUCAACAGUGCAGGGAACCCGAUCAUAUAUGGACUUGUGUCCUCAAAGUUCAGGAAUGCAUUUAAACAUUCGGUGAUAAAGUGUUUACCUCGUGGGGACGGGCGAAGCUCGUACACCCCAAGAAGCACCCGCGCCAGCCAGCUGACCAAGCCGUCCCCAUGUGCCCUGUGGAAAAUGGUUGUAAGGCGUGAUAACCUUGACCAUAAUCUUGACCUUGACCUCCAGUGGCUAGGAAUUAUUGUGGACACUUUGUGUUGUAAAUCUGUGAGAUGAGACAAGCAAAACAAUGUGAUUGGAAAAGGUUUUAAGGCGCAAAGAGGAACUACGACAGUGUUCAUGGAUACAGUACAUUUUGGUAUCUAUCUUUAAAAAUGACAUUGGGCAUCAGCUGAAACUUUGAGCAUCUAUAUUAUACACACAAUUAUGUUAACACAGAAUUUAAAAUGCGCUUAGCUUGAAUACACAAUGCCAUUUAGAAAGUGGUCAAAUGCAACACGUGUUAUAUUUUGGAUUACACUUUAGCAGUAAACAGCAUAUUUUAGUACUUUUGUUGGGCUUGGUUACAUCCGGGAUUAUAAACUGAGUGUUGGAGAGUGGGUUCGAAACUCUGAUGGGAAAGUGUAAUCCCAAAUAUAACAUAAGUUGCGCUCAGCUUGCCUUUUUAAUGGUAUUAUAAAAGCACAUUGUCCAACUUUGAUCCAAUGUGAUGAUUGUUAUGUUACUGAAAUCCUAUAAUAUAUUGUGUUGGUAUUGAUAUUACGAUGGCAUUACCAUGGUAACCAUGGCUCAAUAGUGAAACUGGAUACAAGUGACCUUUCAUGAGACUAAUGAGUCUGAAUAAAGUUUAUUUUAUGGAUUU